AGUAUCAAUUUCGUAUCGAAAAGUAAAGAGUGUUCGAAAAAAUUAUUUCAUGCAACCCCUCUAAAUGGCAACCUCAUCAAGUGCUACUACAAAUACUACUCUUUGUAGUAUUUUAUAUGCUUUCUUUCUAGCAACGCUAUUUAUAGGUUCACGAGUCGAAGCUAGAGCCUUUUUCGUGUUUGGAGAUUCACUCGUCGACAGUGGCAACAACAACUACUUAGUCACCACCGCCCGUGCUGACGCACCGCCCUAUGGUAUCGAUUCCCCGAACCAUAGGCCCUCGGGUCGUUUCUCCAAUGGCCUUAACAUCGCUGAUAUUAUCAGUGAGAGCAUUGGUGGGAGAGAAUCGCCAUUGCCAUACUUAAAUCCAGCACUAAAUGGGCCAAGACUUUUGGUUGGAGCCAACUUUGCUUCUGCUGGUGUUGGAAUUCUUAACGACACCGGAGUGCAGUUUGUGAAUAUAAUAGGAAUAUCUCAACAAUUGACAAACUUCCAACAAUAUCAACAAAGAGUGAGUGCAUUGAUUGGAGUAUCGGAGACACAAAGGCUAGUAAAGGAAUCUUUGGUCCUGAUUACAUUGGGAGGCAAUGAUUUUGUUAAUAACUACUAUUUGGUGCCAUUCUCCGCUAGGUCCCGACAAUUUGCUAUUCCCGACUACGUCCGUUAUCUCAUCUCCGAGUACCAAAAGAUCUUGUUGAGACUCUACGGGUUGGGAGCCAGAAGAGUACUAGUAACCGGAACGGGCCCACUCGGCUGUGUCCCAGCCGAGCUAGCCAUGAGAAGCAGAAACGGCGAAUGCGCGACCGAACUCCAACGAGCCGCAUCCCUUUUCGACCCGCAACUAACCGACAUGCUUCUAAGGCUUAACUCACAAAUAGGCAGCAAUGUGUUCAUUGCAGCAAACACGCAGCUAAUGAACAACGACUUCAUCAGAAAUCCACAGGCCUUCGGGUUUACUACGUCUAAGGUAGCAUGUUGCGGGCAAGGCCCGUACAACGGGCUCGGGCUUUGCACGCAGCUGUCGAAUUUGUGUCCGAACAGAGAUGUGUAUGCAUUUUGGGAUGCUUUUCAUCCUUCUGAAAGGGCUAACAGAUUGAUUGUUGACCAAAUCAUGACUGGCUCCCUUCAGUACAUGAACCCUAUGAAUCUCACCACCAUUAUGGAACUUGAUUCUCACUUUUCUUAAUUACUAUAUUUAAUUAUAAUAUAUAUGUUUUUUUUAUAAAACAUGUUUGAAGAUUUAUUUCUUGUGUGUGUAAUAAGAUGUUAAAUUGAUGUAUUAUUAUUAGGCAAGUUUAUUCAUUUUCAUGCUUCUUUUUU